AUGGCAUUCGACUUGAAGCAACAACUCGAACUCCAGGAUUAUUUGGGCGUUCUCGCUGUCUGGUGUAUUUUCUUCGCAAUUCUCUUCAUACUCAGUGUGAUAAUCAAUUUCACGUGCAUCUACGAGAAGGACGAUGUGACAGCGCUCGAACGGUGGGGCUACAAAAAACGCAUCGGAAUGCACCUCGGACCACAUCGCGAAUCGGUCAUCGGUCGCCAGAUGCCAACCAACAUUCGUAGGGACUAA